GGGUAGCGUUUCUUUCUAGUGCCCGAGGCAGCUCUGGCUGGGAGAGUGGUUCGUCAGCUCCACGGGGACCUCUGUGCACGGAUGGACCCGCCCGGACCCGGCGGGAAGCGGCCUGGCAGGCGGCGGCCCCGGCGGUGUCAGCAGAGGCAGGACAGGGCCGAGGUCGCGGGUCCCUGAGGCGCGCGGGCUCACCGGGCCCGGCGGCGGCACCAUGAUGCCGGGCGAGACCCACUCGGCGGCGCCCGGGACGGCGGCGGACCUCUCGCGCUGUCAGGGCUGCGCUUCCCUGCAGCAGAAUUUAAAUGAAUAUGUUGAAGCAUUAAUUACCCUGAAGCAAAAAAUUAUUAAUACAGAUAAUUUGUUGACAGAAUAUCAGAAGAAAUGUGAUGAGCUGCAGUUUGCAAGAAGAGAAAAUAUUACUCUGCAUCACCAAGUGGAACAGAUGCUUCAAAAAAUUUCUCCUCUGCAGAAGUGUCAGGAAGAACUGGGAUCUUUAAAAGCAGAGUUAGAAGAGAAAAAGAGUUCUCUGAAGUUAUAUCAGGAUACUCAUCAGGAAUAUGCUCGUGUGAAAGAAGAAUGCUUGAAAACUGAUGCUCAGAAGAAGAAACUAGAAGCCAAGGUGAAGAAGCUGGAAGAGGCUGCUGUCAAGCAAACUCAAGACUUCAAGCAACUAAGGAAUGAAAAGAAAAUACUUGAAAAGGAAUUUAGGAAGACACAGGAAAAGCUUGAUGAAUUUUCUAAACAGAAAAAUGAAAAGGAGUUGAGACAUAUUGGAACACAAAUUUCAAGUGAUUCUUAUGGAAGCAUCGAUAAAAGAAAAGUAAAACUACUUCUGAAGGAACUCUGGCUCUGUAUAAACACAACACACAGACUGCCUGGUGAAAGCAGCAGAUUUGUCCCAGAAAAACCUGCCAAAGAAAACCCCAGAUCCUUCGAGUCCAGGGAAGAUGGUGUGCCCCCUCCAGCAGGGGGCAGCCCUCUCAGGACCUCGGCCGUGCAGACGUGCCUGGCAGAGCUGUCCAUGGAGAUAGAGGGCGACUUCUCUGCGUGUGACGACGCGGGGAGAGAGAGGCCGGGCAGAGCAGCUUGCCGUGACGAUGGUGUCUCUCAAGAGGACCGGAAUCCUGAGGCUGUAACGCAGGGGACUGAGGCUGACCGUGCUGACUUUUCUGAUCGCGAUCAUUCUUUUGAUGAAGAUCUUCAGGCUGCCGUCGACUUCUUCAAGCUCCUGCCGCCUCUUCUGUCCCCGGUGCCCUCACCCCCUCUGCUGUCCACCCCACACCUGGGUGCAUUUCCGUCCUCACUCUCACCUGAAAUCUACUUCGGAGAGUGUACGGAUUCCAGUGAUCAUGACUCGGCCCAACAUAGAAAUUCGGAGCCUGUUUCAGAAGAUGAUACACCUGAAUCGCUGGACUGUUUUAGCUCAUCCGGAAAAAGUAAAGGAACUGGAACAUGGGAGGAAAAGCUCCAACCACACGAAGCCACCCAAGCUCUAAAUACAUUGGAAGUCAGUGAGGUGACAGCGGUUGGGUUUGGGACAUUUACAGCAAACCUGAGAGAACCUGCAGCCGCGUUCCCCUCUGCUCAUGAGAAACACUGGACGGUGUCAUCUGAGUCCGUGAGCGAGGGAGGAAAAGGUGUUUUGGAUGAGGCAGGAAGACAAAGAGAGGUUCGGGAGAUGGAUGGGUCAGUGCAGACGGAGAAGACACGUCCUAAAGCCACGGGCAGCGAGCGUGUUGAGACGCUGUCGAGCAGCCUGCCUCUAGAGGAGGGCACGGCGCUCGGGACGUCAGCCUCGUGUCAGCCUCCCCUGGGCCCGUGGCCAUCGAAUGAGCCCAGCGCACCUGAAGGAAAAACCCCAGUGUCCGGAGUGAUAGGAUCACCCAAAUCGGAGGUGACCAAGCGGACACUGACUGAUGGGGUCCCUUCGGCAUCAGGUCGCCUGUCCACUUCUGGUCGUUUUCAGGGACUGUCUGGAGAGUUGGAGAAGGAAAGAGAAGCGAUGCCAGGGUUCGUUUCGGGAGACCCCUCUGCCCCAGGAGCAGCAGGGGCCGUGCUGGCUGCCGCGGCGCUCGGUCUGGGGGAGGAGUCAUCGUCCCCCGUGGCCUCGGGAGCCUCGUCUCUCUGCGGCCACCCCCGCUCUCCCCCUGGGCUGGAGGAGGACGCUGAAACAUCUCUUCCUACUGAAGCAGGCCCUCUCGAACUGCGUCGUUUGGAACAGGCUGCCAUGUUCACCAUGACAGAUGUGCAUUCUGAGCCCCCGGAGUGUCCCAUAGGAGAAGGCCACCUGGAGAACAGCUUACGCGCUCUGAGCCCAGUGUCGGAGGCGUCUGAUUCUAACGGUCAGAGGGGCAGCGAGGUGGGGUGUACGACCCUUGUGAAGGGCAUGAACGAUAUCUGCUCACUCCUGCAGUCAGGAUUCUCGGGAGCCGCCAGAGGCGGGCCGGGUGAAAGGCCAGGUCCGAGGGUCGAGCUCACGCCGAGUCGGUCAGAUUUCACAUCGUCGGCAGGGCCUCAGUCUGGCUUGAUCAGGAGUGGCUUUGGCUUUGGUAAAAGCACUUCGUGGCACCACAGUGAUCUGUUACGGCGAAGUGGUGAAGAAAGGCUGGGACCUCAACCUGAACGUGAACAAGAGGCGGCGGCGUCCUCAGAAAGCAGAGGCUCAGCGUCCACGCCUGAAUGUGCUGGAGAGGAUAACAGUCCUGCGGGGUUCAGGGCGCCUGCAUCCUUGUUGCCUAACCAGGUGUCAGUUAUCACCAAGCAGGCACGGCCCGAAACCAUGCAGGGCGCACGAUGGGAGCCCUCGAGACUGGCUAGGAGGGAGCCCCCCUUAGUGACAGACGUUGAUAAUGGGGCUGGUCGGACGCCCUCUGGAGCAAGAUGUGGGGAGAGCGCGCACACAGCACCGAGAAGCAGGGGGGCGGCUGCUACAGAGAGCGCUGCCCCGCGAGUUUCCUCCCCCUGGAGAAAAUCAGACUUUGAUUCUCCAGGGGGUUCUUUACCAGUAGAAAGUUCCUGUUAUCCCACAGAUAGUACAUUAUCUUUCUCUUCUGGCGACAUCCUGGUCCCAAACCAAGACGUCGUGAUGGAAGCCGCAGUGCAGGAAGAGGUGCAGAAGCAGAGCCCGUGUCUUCCUGCCACAGAUGUGGACACGUCCAGGCUGCAUGUGGAUAAACGUCCAGCCACGGAGGUGACGCCGUCAAGAGGUUUUCCUGCUGGAGACACCGUCGGAGCCUCUGGGGAGGCCCUGGCCGUGACACGGGACCCGUCUGUUGUAGAGCACGGCCCAAAGGAGCAUCUGCAACUGCCUUCUCACACUCCUGGGGGGGCUUCUCCUGCAGCCCUAGACACCGCAGAGACCGCUCUUUCACCAGCGUUCGGCAGCAAAGGUGAGGAGAAGCGUGCUGUGCCGCAGAGUAGCCUCCCUGGCGCCCUGCACUGCUACACGGGCAUCCGCGAGGCAGGCGGAGGUGACACCGAGGUAGAAGAGAGCGAGGCGCCGAGCUGCAGCGAGGGAGAGAACGACCCCGAGGCCGGGCUGGAGGACGGCCAGCAGAGCGCGGUCGGGGCCUCCGGCAGGGGCCUGGGGGCCGCCGGCGCCGGCGUGGCCGAGACCAGGCCUUCCGUGGAGGUGGGGCGCCUGGCCGCGGCUCUGCGGGACUGCACCCUCGGUGCGCUCUCCGAGACAGCCGGGCUUUCCGCGUCCGAGGUCGUGAUGUUUCUUGAAAGUUGUCAGUUAGGAGGGUAUAGUUCGGGGGACUCUGUUUCAGAAUGUUCUAGCAAAGGAACCCUAAAUGAAGGGAUGAACAGGGAAUUAAAGCAAAGGGAACCCUCAGGAGAAAAGUACAGAAAGCACGUGUGUGAAGAGGAGGCACUAGAAGCCUCUGAGGGGUGCACCGGCUCCUCGGAGGACGACGACUGCCCUUCAAGGGGCACAAGGCAGCUGGCCCAGCGUUCCUUGGAGACGCUGCCCGGGGCGCUCACCAGGGUCCGCCAGGAGCUGCAGGCCGACCGCGAGGACGCGGGUGGGCAGGAUGCACCUGACGGCGUGACAGCAGAGCAUGAGGAAGAGCAAGUGCUGCCUCGGGAAACAGCCGGCUCCUCUACGCCCCUGACGCCGGCUGGCUCGGGCGCUCGGGGCGGUUCUCCCACUGGUGGUGGGCCUGACCAUGAAAACACGCACAGCAGGUCUGGGGGUAACUUGGAUGCGACCAGGCCAGUGGAUGGUAAGGAAGGGGUCUCGUCAGAACCCCCGGAGCCCUCGCCACUGUGCGCUGCCCCGGGAGUGGGGCCGGGGGACAUGGCGUUUCAGUGUCAGAUCUCUACAGUGACCUCCGAGGUUAUAAAUGUGCUGAUAAAUAACGAUCAGAAUCUAGUCAUUGAGAAAGGGGACAACUGGACCAUCAUCAACGGGGUAACACUCAUGCCAGAUGUGGACCAGGUUAUCCUGUGUGACGCUCCUGAAGACGCCCCCGUUUCCCCGGACCCAGAAGGGCUGGCAGCUGGCUUCAUUCCCGUUCCUUCCGAGGAGAAGUCCCCAGAGACCGGUCGCCCUGGCCUUCCUUCUCAGGAGCCCCAGUGUGGCAGUAGUGUGGCCGGAACCCAGGGCGAUAUCUCAAGCAGCGGUCAGAGUGCUAACUUUGAUAAAAGUCGUUUGCGGAAUAGACCCGUUAAACCCAGCGUGAGGAUUAGCGCUGAGAUAUAUGAUCAAAACUUUGAGACGCAGACUGUGCCUUCGGAUCACACUUACUGUAAUUCGAAGCUAGAGCCGCUGAGCAAAAAUAAGAGUCGAGCAAAGAUUUCAAACAGAGAUCAAACACACAAACCGGUAAAGACGUUAGCGUCGAGCAGAGUGGAGACGACUCAGAGUGAAGUUUCUCCGUCAUUUUCCGGAGAAAGAGGGAACGGAAAAACUCAGAGGAGUCAAACGCAGACCAUCCUAGCCAGCGCCGACACGUCCACUCCUGCGGACUACUGUGCGGACACGCUGAGUAAGAUCCGGCAGGAGGUGGGCCCCCCCCUGCCCCCGCUGCUGGCUCCUCUCAUAGCCACGCCUCCAAGGACUUCACAGCCACCCUCUCCGCCGACAUCGAGUUCCAGCCCCUCCUCACCCGUCUCUCCCCACGGCCCGAUCUCUCCGCCGUGUGAGAUCCCGGUGUCUCCUGUGGUGUCUCCUGUGGUGUCCCCCUUGCUGGAGGAGCCGGGGCACUCCUCUCCUCCACACGCGUCCCCAUCCCCGUCCACCGCCCCGGCCAGUGACAGGGUCUUGUCAUCGCCUUUGCAGUUUUGUGCUGCGACCCCAAAGCACGCCGUCCCCGUGCCCGGCCGCCUGCCCCCGUUCGCCUCUGCCCAUCCGGCGGUGGCAGCGCCCCAGGAGAAUUCCGUGAAGAUCCUGGACACCAUGUACCCAGAGCUGUCUGCCAGGGCCCGCACCCUCAGCAUCCUCAAAGGGAACAUCCAGCUCACGCGAGGCCCGCCGGCCGACCCCAAGAACCUGCCGGGGCCCGCCAGCGCCAUCAGGGGCUUCAAAGCCAUCACUUCAAGCUCAACCGCCUUUGUGAAAGCAGGGGGUAGCUCUGGUGGUGACUGUAAGCGGGACAAGUCGAGAGAUCUGGGGCCUCCGCAGGAUUCGGGCGGGAAAAGGGCACCGUCAGCGGGUACACCGAGGAGUGCUAAGAGGUUGCGCCUGGACAGUGGGUCCCCGGAGCCAGAGCCGCCCUCGGAGGGCAUCAGCCGGAGCCCCCAACGGAACCCCUCCCAGGCUGCAGCCGUGAGGGCAGAGGAGGAGGGGCGGCGUCUUCUGGCCGUCGGUGCAGUCUCACAGUCACCCCUGAGCCCCAAGGAGACCGUGGAGUCCUACGACGGCGCCGUAGCGGAGGCCCUGAAGAAGAUCGCGGAGUCGUCCUUUGACCUGUUACCUGUCAUUCGUAGUCAUGUGUAUGUGGGAAACAUCUCCAAAAAGCCUGUGAUGAGAGACCAAGAGAAAGAAGUUGUUUAUGAAUUUAGCACAACAAAAAAGCCUUUAGCAGAGUGCUUGCUUCACUCUAUUCUCUCAGAACUCAGAAUUCAGAAGAUGUCUGUGGAGCACAAUUACAUCCACGCCCUCUGCAGAGUGUAUGUGGGUAUUUGUCGGCAGCUGGGAGACUUGGAAAGAGCUCGCUUGUUUUGCUACAGCCUACUUAAGGAAGAUUUUCCAGAGUCUGAAAAAUUGACCUUGUUCAUUGCAAACAUGUGGCAUGAUAUAUUUAUCUCUCAAUCGGUGAUUAAUAAGGCAAUGCAGUUGGUAGCCAGGCAACGCGCUAAAGGAGAAGUUUUGAACUGUUUGCGAGCUUUCCUCAAUUGGGAGAAGAAUGCUCCUGCAGAUGUUGGCUUCAUGGUUUCAAAGCUGCUUUUGACCAUACAGUUAUGUCCAAAAACAGAAUUUCAGUCCAGUGAAAGAUUUGGCGAAGACCUAAGUGAUAACACUUGGGAGUACAUAUGUGCCAUUGAUCUGCUCUGCUGCCAUCAGAAGUGGAUUUGGACACAUGACAACAUUAUAAGUAAGGAGCUGUGGCCUGUAAUGGAUAAGUGGAUAAAAUACAGAAAAGGACAUGCAAACAUUGCAUACACUCCUGAUAUUAUCAUAGCAUCAAUACUGAGGCUCAUUGGUCGUUUAGGCCAGUUGGGUUUGAAGGAAGGGUUUCCAUCAGCUGUGAAAAAUAUUAGUGCCGUUAUUGGUAUGUUUAUACAGCAUGCCCAGGAUGAAGACAUACCGUGGGGUAUCCAGCUGGCAGCCGUGUACGCCCUGUGUGACUUGAGUCCCAGCAACCCAGCGGAGAUCUCCAAGAUCCUGGAAGCCUGGCGCACGGAGACCUCUCGCCGCAUCCCCUCCGCGGUGCUCAGCUCCCUGGAGGAGGUCAGCACCCUGUGUACGGAGGAGCGUGGCUGACGGCCCCGUGCUGUGCCCGGAGAAGUGCCUUCCCGCUGCCCGAGUGGAGACAGAUCAUCAGCUUCCAGGGUGCAGACCGGGGUUCCAGAGAGAGACGUCAGGGAGAUACAAGUGCUGGGGGUGGAGGAGGAAGCAGGGGCUGCUUUCCCUAAACCGCACACAUUUCACUUAUGGCUGCUGUGAUCACAUGACAUGGAUUGUAAUUUGUUGUGUCUUGGUCAAACAACAGAAACUUGAACUUAGCCCUUUUUUGCUGCAGAAAGUGUCCUUUUAGUCGCUUUUAAAAAUUGAGUGGCGUUUUGUAAUGAAUUUAAGGUAAAAACAUUGAUUUGGUUCCUGAGCCAAUUUUGGACUUUGUGCCCAAAUGACUGACUAGGAAAAGAUGAGGAGGCCAAAGCAGUGCUACUCGAAGACUCUUCCACUGUCUUAGCUGGAGGUGGGCUACAGAGUUCCUCUCAAGGUGUAGAGUGCAGCUGAUCAGAGUAAAACAGGGAGAGCCUUUAGAACUUACUUUAAUGCAUUUCUUCAGAUCUCUAAAGUUCCUUGCAAAUAUUUAACUAUGAAUCAGGAAAAGGAGAGCUGAGGAUAGAGGUCGCCGCGGGUGUUUGUACCUCGCCGUGUACAUACAGACGCAGCCGAGUGCGGGCAGGUCUCUGCAUGUGCCGUGUAUAUAUGGACAGCCUAUAAUGUGUCUCACAUUUGAUGAUAUUCCACUUUCGGAAUUUUAGUAUUUGUACAUAGGAAAUGGGUUUAAUAACUCACCGUGGUCCUGAUUUGUCUUAUAUUCAUCAUUUCUUAAAACUCUUGUAUGUGUUUUUUAUAAUAAAAAAUAAAAGUAAGCCAUGCA